UCGACCUUGCUCUGCUUUCAUCCAAGACAGACAGUACGUACGAGCAUCCAUGGAUGGCGAGAUGGAUUGGAUCGCGGCGCGGUUCCUCCUGUCGGCGAUAAUGGGGGUGCACCCGCUGGUGGCCGUCGACGACGCCGGGGCCGACGACGAGAGCUUCCCGGUGGACGGCGGCAGGCCGCCGCCGGCGCCGGUUGUGGUGGUUCCGGCGGCGGUGCCGGCGCCGGAGGAGGUUGCCGGAGCGGUGUGCGCGGUGUGCACGGAGGAGAUGGCGGCGCGGCAGGCCGUGGUGCGGCUGCCCUGCGCGCACUGGUUCCACGCCGGCUGCAUCGGGCCCUGGCUGCGGAUCAGGACCAACUGCCCCACCUGUCGGGCCGAGCUGCCCCGGGACGGCGCCGCCGCCGAGUGGCCGCAAGCGUGUGUCACGCGGCCGGCGGCGGAGACGGCCGUCCGGCGCCUGCGGCGGGAGGCGUCGUACACGAUGCUAGCAGGCACGUUGCCCAGCUAAUCAAGAUACGUCUUUUACUCCAGUAGGAUAUACUCGGUGUAUACAUCGCCCUCUGUACAGUACAUGUGAGUGUAGUAUGACGGUAAAUUAAUUGCACAUGGAGAUAAUUAAACCCAGCACGUAGUAUAUAUAUACUUGAUCGAAUUGAGUGAAAUCUUUCCAGGAUUUUAGUCGGAACGAUCUAUGUGAUUGACAUUAAUUUAAUCCGACACUUGCGUGCCUGCCGAUGCUCUUCCAAUCCCAGCUUAGAUCUAUAGACUAUAGCUAUAUCCCGUUCUAGAACCAAUUAAUUGCAAAUGAUUUAAGCUAUGUAGCCGUUCUGUGGGCUAUCUAUCGCCUGCCGCUGUUCUUAUCAUAAGAU